AUGCCGGAGAGGCUGAAGCUCACCUUUGACUUCCGACUCCCUGUAGUCAAAGCUUAUGCCGAUGACUGCACCAUCGCUGUCUCGUACUGCCGUCGGGACAGCAGGCGUGCCGUAGCUGCAGUCAACAGGCAGUUGAAGGUUGCUGAGGAGUGGGGGAAGUUGUGGCAGGUCAACUUUGCUCCCGACAAAACGCAUGCUAUGGUCGUCUCUCGGUCUCCCGCUGCUACACAGGGGGUGGAGGGACAACUACGGUUUGGGGACGUCCAGUUGCCCCUCCAGGAUAACAUCAAGGUCCUGGGAAUCACCAUCGACCAGGAGCUGCGCUACGACCAGCACAUCGCGACUGUGGCCCGCCAGACCUCUCAGCGUGUGUCUGCCCUCCGCAGGGUGGCUGGCAGCCUGGACCCCCGAGGAAUCCUGACGCUGUACAAAGCACAGAUCCGCCCUUGUAUGGAAUACGGUGCCUUGUCGUGGAUGUCCAGCGCCGUCACCCACACCCGGCGCCUUGACGCGGUGCAGAGACGCGUCCUCCGACUGCUGGGGGGAUGA